CUAAACGGAAGUAAACAGAAACCACGUCCUGCUAGCCUGCUAGCCAUAGCUAUGAGCCAUAGUAUACAUUAAGGGGACAUUUAAAUAACCUACAUAAUAAACCUACGUUAUCCUUGCAGUCUUUAACACAAGGAAUUGCAGCCGUACAUGAUUUCAGUUUAACCAUACACUCGAGAUUGGCACUGAGCUGAUUCGAUCAGCCAGAGAUGAAUGGACAGUCUGAUAGUGACGUGGACUUCAAGAGGAAAUAUAAAAACCUGAAGCGAAAGUUGAAAUUCCUGGUUUAUGAACAAGAAUGCUUUCAGGAAGAGUUGAGAAAAGCACAGAGGAAACUCCUAAAAGUGUCCAGAGACAAAAGUUUUCUGUUGGACAGACUAUUGCAGUAUGAGAGAGUGGACGAUGAUUCUUCAGACUCUGAUGCCACUGCGUCCUCAGAGAACAGUGAAGGAGAGGGUCUCCGGGAGAGAGAGCGGGAGGGAGUCAAGAGGAGGAGGAGCAGUCCUGUCGUUCCCGGUCUUCCAUCCUCCACGUCCUCCCACCUCUCUCUGCUCUCGCGCUCGGGCGCCAACGCGCUCCCGUCGUCCACCUCCUCACAGUACCUCACCACGCUACCCUUCCCGCCAGAGUAUUUGGCUCCCCCUGCUGAGCGAAUGAAGAAAGAGCGAAAAACAAAGACGCCCAAACACAAGAAAGACCCUGCAGGGAAGGUGGUGCCACCAUUGGCCUCUAAUUACCCAUCAGCCCCUGCAGCAGCCCCGGCGGCUGGCACGCCGUUCAGCUGGGUCCCGCGGCAAAUGCUGAGCGGAGACACGGCGGAGGAGGAGGGCGACAGCGACGGAGACAGUGACCGAGGAGAGGAGGAGAGAGGCGAGGGAGAGGAGGCCGAGCUAGUCAUUGACAUUCCCAAUGAAUGAAGGUGGGGACGAAGGAGUGGCCGGAGAGAAUUCUUGUCAUAUUUUUUGUGUGUAAUUUUUUUUGUAUCUCGUUUCAUUGUUUUUGUUUUGCUCCGUCUUGAAUGUUAGAAAAUAAACACAUUUGCUACAUAA